AUGGCAGACUCGCACCAGCCAUCCACCUAUACCAAGCGCCGCCGCACCCCGUCCCCUCCUCCUCCCGACCCGUACGCCGUCGACGGCGACGACGACGACGCGCCCCUCUACGUCCCCGUAAAGCAGCGCCGCAACCAGCUCGUCUCCAAACUCGCCGCAAAGGGCGGCGGCGCAACCGCCGCAGCCGAGAAGCGCCGCCACGAGGAGGAGGAGGACGCCCGCCUCCAGCAGCAGCGCGACGACGACGACCGCGCUCGCAGGAAACGCGAGGCCCAGACUUUGCUCAUGGAGGCACAGGAGGUCAAGCGCCGCAAGGCCAUCGAGGACGCCGCCAAGACCGAGAAGCAGAAGAUCGAGGAGGAGGAGGCUCAGAUCCUCCUUGCCCAGGAAGCGUCCCGCAAGCAGCUCGCCGGCGCAGAAGAGCUCGCCAAGGGCAUCGUCUACACCGAGCGCAUGCACGCCUCAUGGAAGGCGCCGCACUACAUCUUGGCGAAGCCGCAAGAGGAGCACGACGCCGUCCGCGAGAAGUUCCACAUCCUCGUCUCGGGCGACGACAUUCCCCCGCCCAUCCCCAACUUCCGGGACAUGAAGCUGCCGAGGCCGCUGCUCGACUACCUCAAGAAGAAGAAGAUCGAGGCGCCGACGCCCAUUCAGCUCCAGGGUCUCCCCGUCGUCUUUUCGGGCCGGGACAUGAUCGGCAUCGCGUUCACGGGCUCGGGCAAGACGCUCGCCUUCUCGGUCCCACUCCUCAUGUUCUCGCUCGAGGAGGAGAAGCGCAUGCCGUUCGUCCAGGGCGAGGGUCCCGUCGGCAUUAUCAUGUGUCCGUCGCGCGAGCUGGCAAGGCAGACGUACGAGGGCCUGCAGGAGAUGGCCAAGCUCAUGGAGCAGGGUGGCUACCCUCAAGUCCGCGCCCUCCUGUGCAUCGGCGGCAUCAACAUGUCGGAGCAGGCGCAGGUCCUGUCGCAGGGAUUCCACAUGGUCGUCGCGACGCCCGGUCGGCUCCAGGACAUGCUCGAGAAGCGCAAGUUCACGCUCAACUCGUGCAAGUACCUGUGCAUGGACGAGGCCGACCGCAUGAUCGACAUGGGCUUCGAGGAGGACGUGCGCAACAUCAUGAGCUUCUUCAAGCACCAACGCCAGACGCUCCUGUUCUCGGCCACGAUGCCCAAGCGCAUCCAGGACUUUGCCCAGUCGGCCCUCGUCCAGCCCAUCCUCGUCAACGUCGGUCGUGCCGGUGCCGCGGCGCUCAACAUCAUCCAGGAGGUCGAGUACGUCAAGCAGGAGGCCAAGAUGGUCUACCUCCUCGAGUGCCUCCAGAAGACGGCGCCGCCGACCAUCAUCUUCAGCGACAACAAGAACGAGGUCGACGACAUCCAAGAGUACCUGCUCCUCAAGGGCGUCGAGGCGGUCGCCAUCCACGGCAGCAAGACCCAGGAGGAGCGCGAGUACGCCAUCAAGUCGUUCAAGACGGGCAAGAAGGACGUCAUGGUCGCGUCGGGCGUGGCGAGCAAGGGACUCGACUUUUCCGAGAUCCAGCACGUCAUCAACUUUUCGAUGCCCAAGGAGAUCGAGGACUACGUCCACCAGAUCGGUCGCACGGGUCGCUCGGGCAAGACGGGUAUCGCGACGACGUUCGUCAACAUGCAGACGGCCGAGCAGACGUUGCUCGACCUCAAGUACCUGCUCAUGGAGGCCAAGCAGAAGGUCCCGCCGUUCCUAACGUCGAUCGAGGACCCGAACCUGGGCGCGGACGGCAAGCCAGUGGGCUGCACCAACUGCGGCGGUCUCGGUCACACGAUUCGCAACUGUCCCAAGCUCGAGGAGAACCAGCGCAGGACGAUGGCGGGCUUUGGGCGCGAGGGCGGCGGCGGGUACUGA